CAAAUAUCUCUGCAUCUCAUCAUACUGAUCUAUAUUUAGUGCACUUAAUUGGUUAUCCAUAUGCAAACUUUGUUUCAAAGGAAGCUAAAAGUUCAUCCUAGGACAGGGACUUCCGACUCGGAAAAAACACUUUCAGUUUACAAGUCUACAAUUGGUCUAUUCGCUUAGGUUUUUGAACCGUUGACAAGUAUACACUUCGCUAGAAUUAAACAGACAGAGUAUAUCGUCACGUCGAAAGUAAACGUACAUGAGCCAUCAUAAUUUAAGAUCGUUCAAAAUUUCUCGGUCUGAUUGCAAUGGCGCGAUUGAGGGAAGCCCCUGGCAAUGGACUUCAAAAUGAGUCUGUCCAGGAUCUUACUGAUAGCACAGCUGUUAGUCUAACCCGUCAGGUCACACUGAUAGAUAGUGUAUCUCUCACAGUUGGUACUAUCAUAGGAUCUGGUAUUUUCAUCUCUCCAACGAGUGUCCUAGAGAACUCUGGAGGGAUAGGCUGGGCUCUCCUCGUCUGGGUUCUGUGUGGCAUCUUAUCAAUGCUUGGAGCACUAUGUUAUGCGGAGCUUGGGACGACCUUCCCAGUUUCUGGAGGAGACUUCUCAUACCUCCUGGAGGCGUAUGGUCCGAUCCUGGCCUUUCUAAGACUUUGGACUAGUGUGGUUUCCAUCAGGACAGCAUCCUUUGCUGUUUUGUCUUUGACGUGUGUAACUUACAUUCUCCUGCCGUUCUACCCCAACUGUGACAUUCCACCCGUGGUGUUUCGCCUGGUUGCAGCCUGUGUACUUUGUGCCAUCUUUUUCGUGAACAGCCUGAGUGUCCCUCUAAGUCGCAGGAUACAAGUCUUAUUCACGGUAGCUAAGCUCCUUGGUUUAGCUGUCAUCAUCGUCUCUGGGCUUGUCCAGCUAGCUAAUGGUGAGACAUCCAACUUUGCAAAUUCCUUCGACACUUCUAAAUUUAGUUUUAGAACGUUUCCCCUCGCCAUAUAUUCAGGUCUCUUCGCCUUUUCGGGAUGGCAGUACUUGACUCAAGUGACAGAAGAAAUAGUCAAGCCUUCCAGAACAAUUCCUGUGUCAAUUGGGAUCUCCAUGACAAUAAUAACAGUGGUGUACCUGCUAACAAACAUUGCUUACUUCACUGUGCUCUCAGAGAGUGAGAUGCUUACAUCAAGUGCGGUUGCAUUGGACUUUGGUCAGCGUGUAUUAGGUAGUUGGUGGUGGACUAUGAGUGUGGCUGUUGCUUUGUCAACCAUUGGAUCCGUAAAUGGGGGCGUGUUUGGCUUCGCAAGGUUCUUACUGGUUGCAUCACGUGAGGGUCACAUGCCUGCCAUAGCAUCAAUGAUACACAUCGAUCGGAAAACUCCCCUACCAGCUGCCAUGUUACUGGCUCCUAUUUGCCUCUUGAUGUUGAUCAGUGAUGACGUAGGAACCCUUAUCAACUAUCUCAGUUUCACACGAUGGCUCUUCAUCGGUAUCACCUGUGCUAUCAUACCUUACUAUAGAUGGAAACAUCCAGAAUUACCUCGCCCUUUUAAGGUUCCUCUGGCUGUACCGAUUGUGUUCGUGUUGUGUGCGUUGUUCGUGGUUGGGAUGUCACUGUACAGCAGUCCUGUAGAUUGUGGUAUUGGUUUAGCAAUCAUGCUAGCUGGGAUACCUGUCUAUUAUCUUUGUGUUCGGUGGCAGAACAAACCAGACUGGGUUAAUGAUAGAUUGCAUCGUGCGACCAUAUUUUUACAGCAGCUCCUCUUCGUCAUACCCCCAGAGGACGAGGAUGAGUCCCCCAAACUCGUUCAACUCGAAGAUGACCAGAAGACCCCUGACGGAGGGCAUGAGAAUCAGUCUAUCCAGGACGGUGACACAGCUGUCCGUCUAACUCGUGAGGUCACCCUGAUAGACAGUAUAGCGCUCAUCGUCGGUCAGAUCAUAGGAUCGGGUAUCUUCGUCUCUCCUACGAGUGUGCUGGAGAAUUCUGGAGGGGUGGGAUGGGCGUUGAUGGUCUGGGUCCUCUGUGGUAUCCUCUCCAUGUUAGGAGCGCUGUGUUACGCGGAGCUUGGUACCGUCUUUUUCGCGAACAGCCUGAGUGUCCCACUUAGUCGCAAGAUACAAGUCGUAUUCACGGUAGCUAAGCUCCUUGGUUUAGCUAUCAUCAUUGUCUCUGGGAUAGUCCAGCUAGCUAAUGUUCCCCUCGCCAUAUAUUCAGGUCUCUUCGCAUAUUCAGGAUGGCAGUAUCUGACUCAAGUGACGGAAGAAAUAGUCAAUCCCUCCAAAACAAUUCCUAUAUCAAUUGGGAUCUCGAUGACAAUAAUAACAGUGGUGUACUUGCUAACAAACGUUGCGUAUUUCGCUGUGCUCUCAGAGAGUGAGAUGCUUGCAUCAAGUGCGGUUGCAUUGGACUACGGUCAGCGUGUUUUAGGCAGCUGGUGGUGGACUAUGAGUGUGGCUGUAGCUCUAUCAACCAUUGGAUCGGUCAACGGAGGAAUAUUUGGGUUUUCAAGGUUCCUACUGGUGGCAUCACGUGAGGGUCACAUGCCUGCCAUAGCAUCAAUGAUACACACCGAUCGGAGAACUCCUCUACCAGCUGUUACAAUACUGGCUCCUUUGUGCCUCUUGAUGUUACUCAGUGAUGACGUGACAGCCCUUAUCAACUAUCUUAGUUUCACACGAUGGCUUUUCAUCGGUAUCACGUGCACAAUAAUUCCUUAUUAUAGAUGGAAAUAUCCAGAGCUCCCUCGUCCUUUUAAAGUUCCGCUGGUUGUCCCCAUUAUUUUCUCGUUUUGUGCGUUGUUCGUGGUUGGGAUGUCACUGUACAGCAGUCCUGUAGAUUGUGGUAUUGGUUUAGCAAUCAUGCUAUCUGGGAUACCUGUCUAUUACCUUUGUGUUUGGUGGCAGAACAAACCGGACUGGGUCAAUGAUAGAUUAGAUCGGGCAACCGUAUUUUUACAGCAAUUUCUUUUCGUCAUGCCCCCAGAAGAGGGUGAUGAGCCCCCAAAACCCGUUCAAAGCGAAGAUGACAACUGUUCAACUUCAUCACAAUAAAAGCCUUCACAGUUCUGGAAGUCUUCUCUUUUAGGAGUAGUAGUAGGGACGCACUAUUUUUGUGAGGAAUGGAAAUCAUUCCAAAAAAUUAGUUUAAAUUGCUCUUUUGAGAGGAAAUUUCAUUUCCUCUCAGUGCAUUAAACAUUUUAGAUAAAUAUAAUGCAAUGUCUGGUUUAAAAGUUAAUAUACAGAAGACACAUGCGAUUUUGAUUGGAGGAUUUAAAAACAAGAAAGAUGGUGUUCUUUUGAAUAGAAAUCUAAAUUGGGUGUUUGAUGAUUAUUUCAGAUAUCUAGGUAUAGACUUUUGUACGGAUUUGCCCAUAUUGAUAAUUCACAAUUAUAAUGAAAAAUUUAAAGAAAUCAAAAGUCAAAUGACAUCGUGGUCAAGGUGAUACUUAACUGUUCUUGGAAGAAUCACUGUCGUCAAGUCAUUGUUGGUAUCCAAAUUAAACUACCUUUUUUUUUGUCCCUCCCUAAUCCUGGUGAAAAUCUUUUGAAAGAUAUAAAUGCUCACUUUUAUAGAUUUAUAUGGGGGGAGAAACCUGAUAAAAUAAGUAGAAAUCAAAUGUCACAAAGUUACUCAGACGGAGGGGUUAAAAUGAUAGAUAUAUACACACAUUGCCAAUCAUUAAACAUUUCCUGGAUUAAGAGAUUAGUAAUUGGCUCAAUGGAUAGCAAUAUCCUCUGUCUUUUGCAAUCUUUCUUGCCUGAAGUGCAAGAUUUAAAAUUAUA